UUGCCGCUGCUGCAGCACGUACAUUGCAGCAUGUAGCGCUUUAAAACAAACCCUCAGACAAACCCUGCCUGACGCAAGACGGACUUAGGGGAAUACGCCCCUCACAGGCGCUGUAUUGAAAGCAAAGCUUCCCCAGCCACACCAAAUUAUAUUGACCUCAACGUAGACUGUCUGCGUUCACGAGGACCUGCUGCGAUGUGACUAAGCCGAUUGGAGCCCGGCGGAAAUGACACUUACUUGCGCAGCCCAACAGCAGCGCGGUCCUCUUUGAGAUCAAGACCGAUUUUGCUUUAAGAAUAAAAGCAUCCACAGCUUUUCGGAGCAAGACAGCGCAGCAGAGCUCUGCUUGACCAAGCGCAAGCAACAUGGGCGACGAAGCCCCAGCAGCCUUGGCCCCAACUCGCUGCGGCGACGUGCUGCAGACAAUGCGGGAGCAAACACACCAGCAGCUGCAGCUAUCACGCGACUUGGAGGCGCAUUUGCAAGAUAUGCUCGGCGCGUCUAAGCAGCUCAGCAGGGACAUUUUUGGGGCGCUGGAGCGCCUUGAAUCGCCCCAAAAGCGAUGCGCGUGGGCCCUCACGGCAAUGCAGGAGCAGCAGCGCUCGCCGAAGCUGCUGCGUCUUACGCAGCGCGCUGCAUCAUUGCCAGCUGAGACGACGACCGCUGGCGUCGGCCGCGCUGCCCCGUCCACGCAUGACUGUGGCUUAGUCAGCGAAACCGCGGCCAGCGGUGCCGGUGGCGCCGCGCCGGUUCCCUCCACGGACGAAAGCGACUGGGGCCGUGCAGUAGUGGCGGCAGGCAACAGCGGUGGGGGCGCAACGGGCGGCAGCGGCAGCCAGCAGCAGCAGCAGGGCGGCGGCGGCGGUGGCGGCGGCGGCGACACUGGCAGCGGUGGGCUGCAUAGAUUGCAGCUGAGCCGCAGCAGCGGCGUUAGCGGCUUCGGCGCCGCUGCUGCGGCAUUCCCGCCGCCGCGCAUGCUGUCGCCAUCACCAUUGCUACUACUGCCGCAGCUAACGCAACAGGUAACGGGGGGAGCCGCACCGGAUGCGCAGCCGUGGCCCAACAGUACUGCACGGCUAGCACAGGCGGUCGCCUUUAUCGCUGAUAGCAGCAGCCGGCAGCAGUGGCAGCAGCAGAAGCGGGGCAGCCGUGGCCGCUACAGCCGCUACGGCCGCCUGCCGCGCAGCAGACGGCGGGACGCUGCUGAAGGUGAUGACUGUGUAGACGGCGGCAGUAGCAGCAGCUGCAGCGGCAUGUCUUCAGCCGCCGCCACCGCUGAUGCUGAUGCCGCGACUGCCACUGCUGGUGCAGGCGCUGCUUCCCCCCGCACAGCUCGUGUCAUCAGCAGCUUCACCAGCGGCGGCAGCUGCAGCCGCGGCAGCGGCGGAGGCGGAGGCGGAGGCGGAGGCGGAGGCGGAGGCGGAGGCGGAGGCGGAGGCGGAGGCGGAGACGGAGGCGGAUGCAGCGGCGGAUGCAGCGGCGGAUGCAGCGGCGGAGGCGGAGGCGGCGGCGUAGGCCUGCUGCUACCGGGCGAAGACGGGUUGGGCGGUGGCAGCAGUGGCCUGCUGAUGCUGAUGAGCCAACCGUUGUCACUCACAACCACUGGCAAUAAUUGCAGCAGCAGAAGCAGUAGCUUUGCCCCGCUGGCGGCGCACUCACGCGGAUCGCCGCCGUCCAAUCCUUCGUCCCCACAGCAACAGCAGCAGCCGUCUGCAUGCGGCCGCGGCCUCAAUAGCCACACAGCAGCAGCAGGAGGAGCCAAUGCCUGGCAUGCAUUCGCAGCGGCGGAUCUGCAAGGCAGGUUCCAACAGCAGCUUGCGUCAUCAUCCGCGCCGCCGCCGCCGCCGCCGCCGGACGCGCAACAUCUGCUGCGACCCCUGCUGCCAUGGGCGGCUGCUGUGUCCGUCGCCCAACAGCAGCCGCGGCAGCCGCAGCAGCAACAGACCGCUUCAGCGCUUCCCCUCCCUGCUAGUGAUGAUGCUUACGUUGCUGCCGCCGCCACAGCAGCACCAACUACAGCAGCAGCCAACAUAACAGUUCUGGCACCUGUCGUGGCCGCGGCGGCUGGUUCCGUGGAGGAGGAGGCAGGCUCCGCCGCUGCAGCGGCGGCAGCGGCAGGCCCUGUGCUCGUCCCAGUAGCCGCUGCAGCCGCUGCAGCUGCUGCGCCCGCCCGCUCGGGGCUGGAGGAGGCGGGCGAGCAGCAUCUGGCGCUGCUUGACUUCAGCAGUACUUCUGGAUCCGCCGGGUUUUGGAACCUGGCUUUUGGUGAUGAUGAAGAAUGGCUUCUGGCAUAACCUCCCAUAGAUAGGCUCAGAUGCACAGAUCAUUCAUGUAGUUAUGUAGACGACCUUGCGUGCCCAUAUGCCCACGCAAUGACGCAAGCAAUGACGACCACGCACGCACGCACGCACGCACGCACACACGCAAUUGCUUGGCGGGCCCGCCCAGCCAGUCCGCCCACCCACCUUAUGCAUGUUGGAUGCAGCGGGUCCGAGGCAGUCAGGGUUUUACUAUGGCUGUGUGCAAAUUGUUUGACAUGGCCAGGUUGCGACAUGCGACAUGUGACAUAUAAUAUACGACAUACCGACGUACCACAACUCGCCCACAUUUGCAUAGCUACGCGUCCUGGAGCUCAGAAAUAGAAAUAGAAAUAGAUACACCCUGCCGUAGGCAAGUGGCGUGGAUUAAGGGAGUGGGGGGAGAUGAGGAGGUGGGUCAGACCCACCUCCUGUACGCCCCCACUACCGAGCGUUUGGCGGCGGGCGGGCGUGCAGGCUAGGCCUGCACCCCGCCGGGAUGCUACAUCCCUCCUGGGUUGCCAGUUGGCAGUCCCCGUUCGAGGCGCCGUCUGGUCAGGACUAUGUGGUUGAGGGUGGCGACUGCGUGGUCGUGUAGGGUGUCGCAGCACUGCCUAGCUUUGUGGGAGGUGACGCCCAGAGAAGUGAGGAGGGGGUGGAGGCCUUUGUGGAUUGUACCUGCAAACCCGAGGCUGAUGGCGCUCUGUGGGGUGUAUUGCACUUUCCAUCCCGCUUCCCGCAGGUCGGCUGCAAGGGCCUGGUGCUGUUGUGCUUUUUCGUAUUGCUUGGCGGCGUGGUUCGUGUCGGCGGUGUAUCCUGCUUCGAUGAUGUGGAUGGUGUCGUGUUCGCUGGGAAGCACGACAAAGUCUGGGUUUAGGGCUGCGGCGAGGGAGAUGGAAGGGAUUGUGUGCUUGAUAGAAGUGUGCCCCAUGGCCGUGUGUGGGGUGCAGGCAGGCAGAGUGGAAUGUUAUUUCUGUACAUAGCCCGCAUUGUUUUUUUAGAACUAUGCAUUGCGCAUUGCCAUACAUGUUCAUGCUCGGCCGCCAUUUAUCUGCGUGCAUUGCGCAGGCGAGGCCAAAUGGUGAUGGAAUGGCGGGGCAUAGCCGUUUGGGAUGGGGUGGUGGCGGGGCCUACUGGCACGCACACGUACGGUGGCAACGAACGCACCGGCCACGUGGAAAGCAAGGUGAAGGGACACAGGCAGAUAGCAUCGUCAUCAUUGCGUUUCAAGAGGAUGACCAAGCAGCAUGUAUGACUGACUGACUGGCUGCUGCAGCUGCUGGUUGGCUUGCGGAAUCAAGGACUAUCUAGGGAUCGGCCAUGUUUCCUGUCUCAAGCAAUGCCAGCCGUGGGCCCGUGUAUGUGUCUCCCCUGUUUCCUGUCUCCGCUCAAAUGAAUAUUCGUUCGGCCUUUGCAGCGGGUGCGGCAUGCAGGAUCACCUACACCCACCAGUAGUCCAAGUUAUCUGAGCCUGCGUACAUGCACACAGAGAGAUUAGCAAGGACGUGCUGCGUGCGUAUGCGUGCUUGCCAGCGCGCUCCUUCGUUGCUUGUCCCAGACGGCCCCCGGUGCUCGCUCGGCCUACCUGCAGCAUGCAGUGCAGCGGGGGCAGCUGCCGGCCAAAGCAGGGCGGGAAUGCAGUUGUCUGCCUUGCCCACAUGUCUACUGAAUGCGUGGCACAAGCCUAUAUCUGGCAGCCGUGCUGCACGCGUAGGAAGAGCACGAAUGCAUGAGGUAGGUCAGAAGAUGAGAGCCUAACCAGGUCCUAACGC